UUUGUUGCCAAAUAUCCCGGUACGAUUUUAAUAUCACUUGAUAGUAGUGCGACGUUCACAGGCUGAACUCGGCGAAGACGAAGCUCAAAAAUGAUCAACAGCAAGUCUCCUCUCGUUCACACCACUGUAGUUCAUGACUAUGGUUCUACACCAUACACUUCUGCCAGCACGUCCCAAGAUGAUGGAGCAAUCAAUAGACGACUCAAGGUCCAAGGGUUCAUCGCCAAUAAUGCCGGGAUGCUAUACAUUAUAGCUUCCCAGUUUUUUUUCGCUCUCAUGAAUCUGUCGGUGAAGAUGUUGAACAGCUUGGAGCCUCCGGUGCACGCAUUUGAAGUUAUUGUAGUCAGGAUGGGUAUCACAUUCACGUGCUGUGUGAUAUACAUGGUUGUCACAAAGGUCCCUGAUCCAAUCUUUGGCCCCAGAGGUGUUCGAAUGCUAUUGAUAAUCCGUGGGAUCACCGGGUUUUUUGGAUUAUGUGGACUGUAUAUGUCGCUUCAGUAUCUAUCUGUUGCAGAUGCGACAGUCCUGACUUUCUUGACACCUCUUACAACGGCGAUCACUGGGUGCCUCCUCCUUAGGGAGGGCUACUCCGUCAUUCAAGCUGUCGCGGGAGUUUUCAGCUUACUUGGUGUUGUCCUCAUCGCUCGCCCCCCAUUUCUAUUCAAGUUCGUGCCAGGCGCUAAUCCCGACGGAUCCUACUUCUCGGAUACAACUCCGGUGCAAAGGCUUGCUGGCAUUGGCGCAGGUAUGAUCGGUGUUGUUGGAGCCACUGGGGCAUAUACAUCGAUUCGCGCAAUUGGGAAGCGAGCUCAUCCGAUGCAUGUAAUGACAUUCUUUUCCUUGUGGUGCACCAUCAUCGCAUAUUUGGGGAUGGUCGUCUUCGAGAUUCCUGUUGUAUAUCCUAGAUCAUGGAGAUGGUCACUUCUUUUGCUCAUGAUUGGUGUCUUUGGCUUCCUAGCACAGGCUCUCUUGACAUUGGGGUUGCGGCGAGAAACUGUAUCACGCGGUUCUACUGGGGUGUAUAUCCAGAUAAUUUUUGCUGUAGUGCUUGAACGCCUAAUCUUCGGAGUUGUGCCGUCUUUACUGUCAGUUAUCGGGGCCGCUAUCAUUGUGUCUUGUGCUGUCUGUGUCGUUUCGACAAAGCCAGUACCUACCCCUGCCAAUACCGUUGACAGUACGGCGUAACAUAUCGGAACUCUUGAACUUUCGCAGGUCCAUAUAAAGCCUGUAAUUGCUCUCAUACUCUUGUAGCGUUUUUAAUUUUUUGCGUUCGUUCAUCUACCUUCAGACAAAAGUCUGAACGCCGAGAUUGACGACAUCACUUACUAGUUCUCACUUAUCUGCUAAAUGCAGUCUGCGCAUCAGGAAACCCACUGCUGGGCCAAGUGACUUGUAGCAACGCGUAGCGCAGCGCUUCUUUUGAACCGACUGUGGUAGCCUCAUCAGCAAAUCAUCGAGUGCCUUUUUUGUACCUUAAAUUAUUUAAAAAUACCAGGGGACAUUGACGGGGACGGUUCGGUUGGUGCAGAAAAAG